AUGACGUCAUCAAGCGGCUCGUCCUCAGAACCGCCAAAAGAGAUGAGGUCGCUCGCAUCUGCCGAGGGACGCAGCUCAGGGCGGGAGAACAGGACGGGGGACUGCUCUCUCGGGGGAGAGGAUGAAUCAUUAACAGAUGUAGCCGGACUGUCCACAGGCUCCAAUGAGAAGCUGAGAUUGAUGGUGCUUGGAGGAGAUGAUGCUCUUAUGAAUAAAGCAUGUGCCAGAAUCCUUGGGGAAAGACAGAACAGGGCUGCUUUUCAAUUUGGAGAAUUGGAGCCCAGGACAGCUCAAGUUCGUGGACGACAGGUUUCUGUAUUAAAAACUCCAUCCUAUUGGCUGGAACACUUGAAAUCAUUCUGGGUUUUCAGCAACGGAGUCAAAGCUAUCAGAAAAGACAUUGAGUCAUAUGAAGGACAGUUGUUUCCUGGGCCUCAUGCAUUUCUGUUAGUACACAGAGAUGUGAAAAACUCUGGUAGAGAGAAUUAUCUUUUACGAGCUCUCAGUGAAGUGUUCGGGAAGGAGGUCUUGGACUAUUGUAUGGUGUUAUUUAUAGAUCAGGCUAAACACAAUGAUCCAACAAAGAACUACUGUUUGAAGAUGUGUGGAGGCAGAUAUCACACUUUACAGAACACUGUUGACAGUGUUAAUGAAUUAUUUAUAAAAAUAGAGACAAUGACAGAGAGUAAAGACAACAGUUUUUUCACAACACAUCUGGAGUGUUUCAGAAAAGCUAGCAAUUAUUUUCAGGAAGAGUAUGAGGAAAAGGAAAAUAAACUAAGACAAGAGUUGAAUGAUUCAAAAGACAGAGAGAAUCAGUUAAACAAUGAGUUGAAUGAUUCAAAAGACAGAGAGAAUCAGUUAAACAAUGAGUUGAAUGAUUCAAAACGGAAAGAGAACGAGUUAAGCAAAGAGUUGAAUGAUUCAAAAGAGAAAGAGAAUCAGUUAAGCAAAGAGUUGAAUGAUUCCAAAGAGAAAGAGAAUCAGUUAAACAAAGAGUUGAAUGAUUCAAAAGAGAAAGAGAAUCAGUUAAGCAAAGAGUUGAAUGAUUCCAAAGAGAAAGAGAAUCAGUUAAACAAAGAGUUGAAUGAUUCAAAAGAGAAAGAGAAUCAGUUAAGCAAAGAGUUGAAUGAUUCAAAAAAGAAAGAGAAUCAGUUAAGCAAAGAAUUGAAAGAUUCAAAAAAGAAAGAGAAUCAGUUAAGCACAGAGUUGAAUGAUUCAAAAUGGAAAGAGAACGAGUUAAGCAAAGAGUUGAAUGAUUCAAAAGAGAAAGAGAAUCAGUUAAGCAAAGAAUUGAAAGAUUCAAAAAAGAAAGAGAAUCAGUUAAGCAAAGAAUUGAAAGAUUCAAAAAAAAGAGAGAAUCAGUUAAGCACAGAGUUGAAUGAUUCAAAACGGAAAGAGAAUGAGUUAAGCAAAGAGCUGAAAGAAUCAAAAAAGAAAGAGAAUCAGUUAAGCAAAGAGCUGAAAGAAUCAAAAAAGAAAGAGAAUCAGUUAAGCAAAGAAUUGAAAGAUUCAAAAGAGAAAGAGAAUCAGAUGAGGGAGGCCUUUUCCACUUCCUCCCAUCAUGAGAAUCAACUGAAAAAAGAGCUGAUCAAUUACAAAGACAGAGAGAGACAAUUAAAAGAUGAUAAAGAGAAACUUCAAAGAAAAGUGGAACAGCUCAGUGAGAAGGAAAAACACCUACAAAAUAAUCUGAGUGAAGCAAAAGUUAAAGAAACUUUUCUACUUACAAAGUUACAGUCAGAAUGUAAUGUAAUACAGAGAGAGAAAGAAGCACAAGCCAAAGAAAAUGAGCUGAAUGAGAGAGAGAGAGAACUGGACAGGAAAGUCAAGGAACUGGAAGAAAGACAGAAGGAGCUGGAGAUCAGAGAAAGAGAAGUGAAACAGAGAGAUGUGAGAUCCAGAGAACAUCUUCAGACCACAGAAGAUCCUCCUCCUGCUGGUGAGUAUAACAUCUGUUAUCUGACACUCAGCAGCCAUUAUUAUACAUUUACUGAGUUAAGAAGAUGUAUUAGCAUUAGAGGUUUUUGUAGUGAGAGAUUAUUCACAAACACAGAACGUGAAGGAGAGCUGAAGAGCAGAAAUGAUUCACAAACCCGUGGAUCUAUUGGGAUCCAGAAACCUGUUAGACGAAACAGCAAGGAAUUAGAGACACCUUAUAUGUCUGAAAGUGAACACAGACCACUACAAAAUCUGUGA